AUGACGCCAGAAGUCCUACGACUUUCUUUGGAGAAUGUCGAUUUCCGGCUUCCGACACAAGUCACAGACGACAAUAGUGUUACAGCACUCAAAAGUUUAGUCUUCGAGCCCCUCCUCCGAUGGCAGUCCCAUGGCCGCGUUGAGCCUGGGCUUUUUGACCGAUGGGAGCGGUCCCCCGAUGCCCGAAUCUGGCAAUUUCACAUCCGAGAAGACGCCUGCUUUCAUGAUGGCGAGCCUUGCAAGGCUAAAGACAUCGUCACUUACAUCAAUGGCCUCCUGGACUCAAGAGACUACUUUGGCAUGCGCUGGAGUUACAGCCGCUAUUUCUCGCAAACCAAAUUCUCUGCCGAGGAUGAUCGGACUGUAAAGGUGACAAAUGCGGAACCAUUCGCGGAUAUCGAGGGUAUCUUCUGCGAGUUUUGGCCUUCUCGCAUCGACAAGAAUGGCAAGCCGGUGCUUGGAACGGGCCCAUUCCGUGUCAUCGAGUUCGAGCGGAAAGAUAGCACGGGUAGAGCCGUUUUGCAGCGGCUGAAUCCGACGCGACAUGGCUCACCUCAUACUAUCAUAGCGACGAUGGAACCAAAUGCUGCCGAAAGACUUCGGCUUCUGCGUGCGGGAGAGGUCGAUGCUGCCCUCAAUCUGGAGCGGGUAGCUAAUCUUGACCUUCUCAAUUUCGACUCUGGAUUUCGAUGGGGAAGAGUGGCAAGCACCCUAUCGGCUAUUUACUAUCUCAACUGCACGGAUGGUAUCUUUACUUCACCAGACGCACGUCUGGCUGUGAACCUUGCGUUGGACAAUGACGCAUUGGUAAAGGAAGUAUACCAUGGGUUCGCAAAGUCAUCCGCUACAAUCGUCAGCCCCUAUCAUCUUGGCUUCCCAGAAUCACAAUUGCAACACAUUCCCUACGACCCCGACAGGGCCAGGGAUCUCCUGAAAGAUUUCGACAAAGGCACACAUCUUGUCUUGAGAACCCCAGUAUACAUGCCAGAGCAUGCCCAAAAGAUCUCGAAAUUCGUGGCAUCAUCCUUGGAGGCCGUUGGCUUUCAGGUCGAAAUCAAGGUUGAGACCAAUAGACCAGAAUAUGCUCGCCAAAUCGGACUCAAAAAAGAGAUUGGAAGCCUCGCGUUGUUUGACUCAACCCCAAACAGCACCUUUCGCGUUUUGGAUGAUAAGAUCUCCAUCUUACCAGAUGGUGCGACUGUCGAUUUAUCGAAAGGUUACAUCCCACUACUCGCACGAUACACUUUCGAAGACAAAGCCGCCCAAGGUCUACGGAAGCGCAAGGCCGGUGACAAGUCUGAAAAUCCGAUUCACUUCUCUGCUCUUGAACUAGUCCGCGACAACUCGAUCUUGCUCUUGACGGGACCCAGCGGGAGCGGGAAGACUACAUUUGCUAAGCACCUCUGCCACAGCCUAGCUUCCUCUGGAUUCAGCAAUGCGCGACCACUACCUCGAAACGACCUAGGUGAUAUCAAGGAAGAGAAUUGGGGUGCCAGCAGAUUGUCUCCGUGCUAUUUCUCACUGAGUGGUACCGAGUCUCUGAAACGGUUGGCUGAUGUAACAAUUCCACAACUUCUUGGCGCAUCUGGUUCUCAGCACGAGCAUCUGCUCAUCGUCCUCGAUGAUCUCCAGACCGCAGGGGAUGAACUGAUCUCUGUUCUGGCAAAAACACUGGCCCUAAUACGAGAGCGAACCUACACCAAGCUACUCUUGCUUGGCGAUACAGAUGUCCUUGACCGCUGGAGCUUCUCGGCCGUCGUGCGACACGAGUUGCUUCCCUUGCUAGAGUGUCAAAGAAGGGAGGCAGUGCGUUCUCACCUGAAUUUGGAUCCGUCGACUAUCAUAACAACUGGCAUGGGUGAAGCUGCGUCGAGCCCGGCCAUGUUUGCUCUCGCGGUUCAAGCCAAUCACUCUGGAAACUGUGCCGAGGAGCUGCUAGAUGCGUGGCUUUCGUCCACCCACUCGCAGCCAGAUGCUGCAUCGCUUCUAGCAGAGAGGUCAUACAAGCUGAUAUUCCACAGCUCAUUAACCACCGGUCCGACUGAGAUGUCGUUGACCGCGAUUCAGCCCAAUCCUGCCUUGCGAAGCCUGACGGUGCAACGGCUCCUAGCUGCGCGGCACCUAGCUGAUUUGACACCGCAAAUCGCUGUCGGCCUCUUUCGUGAUCAGCCUCAUGCUUCGGAUGAUGUUCUAAGAAGCUGCUUGUCGCGUCUCAGCUCCUUACAUGGGUCUGGCGUUCUUGUCGACGGGCUCCUCGGGGGCACACCAGCUGACGCUAAGCGCGCUGCCUUACUGGUGGCUGGCCUUAUUCCAUUAUCCGCGGAAGUCGAAAACAAGGUUAUGAAGCUGCUUCUAGAAAUCGUCGAGAACGGAGAUUGCUCGGCUGGUGAACGCGAGAAAGCCGGUCGUCUACUGUCAAAGUCUGGCGACCCGCGAGAUCUGACUGAACUCGCAGAGGUUCCCGCCGGAAGCUUCAUGAUGGGCUCUGAAAGUCAUCCCAAUUCGCAGCCUCUGAGUAGAGUUUCGCUCGAGAGGUUUCGCAUCGGUGUCUAUCCUGUCGUCAACAGAGACUACGCCGCCUUUGUGAAGGAAACUAGCCGCGAAUGGCUCAGUCCUGGUGGCAAGGACCCGGAGAAAGCAAAUGCACCAGCGACCGAUCUUACAUGGCAUGAUUCAAGGGCUUACUGUCAAUGGCUCACAGAAAGGUGGAGAGAAGAAAAAAAGAUCAGUUCGAAUGAGCACGUGAGGCUUCCUUCAGAGCCAGAGUGGGAGUGCGCGGCCAGGGGUGGCCGGGAUGAGACGGGCACUGAAGGGUUGGCUUUUCCUUGGGGCACAGAUUGGCAGGAACAUACUGCCAAUAGCGACGAGACUGGCUUCAAUACGACCUGUGCUGUUGGUCUCUUCCCAAGGGGGCUCUCGCCGUACGGCUGCCACGAUAUGGCGGGGCAUGUAUGGGAAUGGUGCUCAACUCUCUGGGGCGAGGACAUGACGAUGCCAGCUUUCCAGUACCCUUGGCGGGAUGAUGGGCGAGAGUCUUUAGAUGCCUCGAACCAUGUUCGAAGAGUACUGAGAGGCGGAUGCUUCUCGAGUCCCAAGUUGAAGGCAAAUUGCACGUAUCGAGGUAGCCUCGAACCAACAGGAUUCUGGAGAGGCAAUGGGUUCCGCAUCGUUGUUGCGCCGCUAGACUCACAAGAUUAA